CCGCGCACCUUCCCAACAAUAAGGCACGUCUUUACUUGGUUUCUGUCCAAUAUUCAUUCUAUUAUCUAAUCUCUAUCUUGGUUCUUACUUCUUACUUCUUAGCACUCAUGGCUCGUCUUCUCUCCCAAUCCCUAACUCGGAAACGGGUUCCAUCCACGCUCUCCCAGCGUCUACUCACCCACUUCCGACGCUCCAAAUCCAACAGCUCCGGCGGAGACGAUGCCUCGCAUCCACACAUCAUCGAGAUUGACUUGGACUCCUCGACCCAUUCCUCUCCCUUGGACCCGGAUUCUACCAGCGGCGGGAUCCAUAGGCUCGAGGAUGUCAUACACACUAUCAUCGUGCGACGAUCUGCACCCGAUUGGCUCCCUUUCCUCCCGGGGUACUCCUAUUGGGUCCCUCCUCGCCAUCUCACUGUCCACCAUCCCCACAACAUCGUUGAAGUAAUCGGCAAGAUUUCUGCAGCCAAAACUAGCCCUUCUUUGCUUUCGGAUGAUGAAUUAAUGGCUGUCACAUCCGCUCGCGGUUGGCCUUCAUCCAAUUAUUUCUUCCCAGGGAGUGCCCCCACAUAUCCUGUCCCAUUACAAGUGAUGGAACUGGAGGUGAAGAUUCAGGAAAGCUCUGAUGAUGAACCUAAAUCUGAGGAUGAGGAAGGAUAAAUAACACACACACAUAUAUAUAUGAAAUGGUUGCUAGGGCUUGCUCACCUGUGUAAAUAAUAUAUCUGUGGUACGGAAACUAUGGCAGUGAGCAAGGAAAAUAUGAAACUGCCAGGAGACUGCAUGUGUAUUGUCAGAUCCAAUGUGGCACUGGAUGAGCCAACGGCAUCUUUAUUCCUGCUCAACCUAGUGGCUUGAUGCCUAUAAUACUAUGAAGAAGAAACCUGUACAAGAGCAUGAAGUGUUGUUUGAAUAAAUCUUGUGUAUUAUUUCUGGAAAUCAUAAGCUUUUUAGUUUACAAUUGUUGUUAUACUAUGGACCUGGACGAGAGUCCACCUGAGCGUUCAGAUUAUGUAUUUGUAGGUAACAUAUUAUGUGUCUUUACACUUAAACACAUAAUUUGUUAAGUGAAUGCACAUAAUAUGUUAAUUGUAUACAUAAUUUGAAUAUUAUUUUGAA